GUGUGAAGACACCACCACAGCCUCCUGUACUUCAAAUAAUUGUCGAUGUAAUGACGGCUACUUCGACAGUAAUGGCUACAAUACAUCUGGUGGUGUCUGUACUUCAAUGAGUGCCCUGAAGGUCACUAGUGUCACAUCCUCAUCAGUAACUACUACAGGUGUCACCAUCAGUUGGACAGAAUCUGCAACUCCCUCUCAGGUUUCCAGUUACACUGUUGUCUGGAGGCUGAGUGGUAGUGACACUGUAGAAGGAACCUCUCAAGUAGAGAAAGUAACAACCACAGCUAUAACAGGGCUGUCACAGAGCACAACAUAUGUCUUCAAGGUCAUCUCAAUAGAGACAGGAAGUCGUAGUACUCCACAACAGAUUGAAUCUGACGCUGUCACAGUUAACACACAGGCAGAACUGAGUCAGCUAUGUGGUGUUACAUAUACAUGUGGAGUUUCAAAUUCUGAGUGUAUAGCUGGUGAUUCAGAAGGAAAUGUUUGUAGGUGUAAGUCUGAUUACUAUGACAGCAACGGAUACAGUUCAACUGGUGGAGUUUGUACAGCCAUGAGUGCUUUGGUAGUGACAAGUCUGUCAGUAGGUGUAGAAGGUACCAGUACUGUGACUAUACAAUGGGUGGCUCCAUCACCUGGGAGUGACCAGGUCAAUAGGUACGAGGUACACUGGACUCCAGCGUUACCUAAUGGAACAACAAACUACGAUGCUGCCAAGACCACAUCAGUCAGACUGACAGGAUUCAUAUCAGGACAAAUGUAUACUUUCUAUGUUAAAUCUUUUGAGGAUGGAAGUCGCAGCCUUCCACAAGAAGUGCAAACCAGUAAUGUAUCUAUCACUGUGGAUGCUGGUCUUGGAGUUGGAUGUAACACAGAUGGUAGUAUAAAAUGUGCCGACACCAAUUCUGUUUGUACCCAGACUGAUGACACGCUGAGUACUGUCUGCAGAUGUAAAGUUUCAUACUUCGACAGCAAUGGGUUUUCCACCGCAGGAGGAAUGUGUAUAGAAAUGUCCACACUAGCCGUGAGUAAUGUUGAGGUGGUAACGGAGGGAACAGAUACAGUCAACAUCAGCUGGACACCUCCAUCACAAUACACUGAUCAGGUCAACAGGUACGAGGUACACUGGACACCUACUGAGACCAUCAGUGGUAAAACAUUCUACAAUGCCCAACUGACCACAGCUGUACAGUUGGCGGGGUUUACACCAGGUCAGACCUAUAUCUUCUCUGUCAACUCUGUGGAGUCUGGAAGUCGUGCCCAGGAACAAAGUUAUUCUACUUCAACUCCUCCUACAACAAUGAAACCGACAACGCCAUCAGGGUUUACAACGACAGAUGUUGAUGGUCCAGUGAUAACAUUAUCUUGGGCCCUUCCUAUUGGUAUCAGUACUAGUUAUGAUGUCAUAACUACACCAACACUAAAUCCCACCACUACAAAUACAGAAUCUAUAACCUACAGUACUGGGGUAUUAGACGGACAGAGGUACAAUAUCACUAUUACCACAGUAAUUGGUAGUGAGAGAAGUGAUCCUCUGGAGGCUACAUUCAGAACAGUGUCAAAAACCCCAGAUCCUCCUACAUCACUUAAUUGUAAGGCCACCACAGAUAAGACCAUCACUCUGGCCUGGACAGCCCCCUCCCUGCCGAGGGGAGACAUCCAACAUUAUGUAGUCAAACGCAAUGACACUGGUGCUACGUUUACCACGACAUCAAGUCUGACAGAGUAUACUGUUGAUGGUCUACAGCCAGGUAAGAUGGAAUCAAAAUCAGUAUUCUUUUAACAGUAACAGUUCUCUUGUAUCUGGUUUGAUUUUUGAAAUCCUUAGGGAGACAAACAUGUUUUUAACAGGUUUUCAGUAUAACUGGAUUAACAACAAUGAACUAAAUUGUUCAUACUGGACUCUUAUUCAUACGGGUACCAAAUCAAUGACUAUUAGGUAUACUUAAUAUGCAGUUAUCUGUCCAAAGGACCAAGAUGAGCUUAUGCCAUACCCCGGCUUCCGUUGUCCGGCUUCCAUCUGUCUGUCCGUCAACAAUUGACUUCUUCCUCAUAACUACUGAUUGGAAUUAAACAAAAAAAAUGACAGAUA